UUGAGCCGAUAGGUUUACAGCUGUAAAAGCGUAAAACCACCCUCACCCCACCGACCUUGGUCCUGCUUUCCUCCCGUUUGCUUGUGUUGUCUUCCAGCACUCCGUCAGGAGUCCGGCGCAUUUUUACUGUAACUGAAGAGAAGAGAGUUGUGUCCCUCAGAUAGCAAAAUGGGAACCGAAAUCACUGCUCUUAAACGAAUUUACGUUUACCGCUGCAUGAAGGGCUCUCUCCUCAACCUCCUCAUAGAGGAGUUGCGUCACACUGCUCUCAUUCAUGAAGACAUGCUCCAUAAACUCGAAGUUCUCGAAGAACUCGAUUAUCGCUUAGGCUCUCCCGUUUCCGCUUCCUUCUCCGCUGCCUAUUGUGCCGUCGCUGUGGAAUGCACGCUCAAGUACCUUGGCACGUGCUCUUCACGUGACGUCAUCUCCAACAAAUCUGCAUAUGUAAACGCCAUAAACGGGAUCUGGCGUGGUCACAUUCCGUGUAUGGAAUCCUCCUCCUCCUCCGGCGUCGGGUGCCGACUGUACACGGCGGAGCUGAAGCGGUGGAGGGAUGACAUUGAGGCUUCGCUUUCGGAUCCCAUGGUUUUGAAGAGGUUGGAAAGCUAUAAUGGUAGGGAAGAUGCCAUUUGGAAGCUUAAGCUUUAUUUGCUUGAAGCCUCAGCAAACUUGGCUCCUUAUUUUGAUGAAAUAGCAUUAUUCGCUGCUUUAUACUGUAACAACUGUCAAACCCAUGAGCUUGAUGGCGAUAAGCAGGAACCUAGUGCGCUUGCUUUCCUCCAAAGAGUGAACAAUAGGAAUGUGGGGGAGCUUCCUAUUGAAAAACAAACUACAGAAGCACCGAAAGAAAAUUUGGAUACAGAAGCAACUUUUGGUAAUCAGAGCACAGAACCACCAAAUGAAGAAAAUGAGAUCACAGAAGAAGCACGAAAUGAAAAUCAAACUAAGGAAGCUCCAUCAGAAAUUCAGACUACUGAAUCACGGGUCGAAAAUAUGAUCACUGAAGAAGCACCAAGUGAAAUUCAGACUGAGGAAGCCCUAAUUGAAAAUCAGACUUCUGAAGCACUGAUUGAAAAUCAGAUAACAAAAGAAGCAUCGAAUGAAAAUCAAACUAAGGAAGCCCUAAUUGAAAACCAGAUUUCUGAAGCACUGAUUGAAAAUAUGAUCACUGAAGAAACACCAAGUGAAAUUCAGACUGAGGAAGCCCUAAUUGAAAAUCAGACUUCUGAAGCACUGAUUGAAGAUAUGAUCACUGAAGAAGCACCAAGUGAAAUUCAGACUGAGGAAGCUUUGAUUGAAAAUCAGACUACUGAAGCACUGAUUGAAAAUCAGAUAACAAAAGAAGCAUCGGAUGAAAAUCAAACUAAGGAAACCCUAAUUGAAAACCAGACUACUGAACUGAUUGAAAAUCAGGUUACAGAAGAAGUGCCAAAUGAAAAUCGGACUGAGGAAUCCCCAAUUGAAAAUCAGAUCAUAGAAGAGGCAUUGGAUGAAAAUCAAACUAAAGAAUCCCCAAGUGAAAAUCAGACUACUGAAGCACUGAUUGAAAAUCAGAUAACAAUAGAAGCAUCGGAUGAAAAUCAAACUAAGGAAGCCCUAAUUGAAAACCAGACUACUGAACUGAUUGAAAAUCAGGUUACAGAAGAAGUGCCAAAUGAAAAUCCGACUGAGGAAUCCCCAAUUGAAAAUCUGAUCAUAGAAGAAACAUUGGAUGAAAAUCAAACUAAAGAAUCCCCAAGUGAAAAUCAGACUACUGAAGCACUGAUUGUAAACCAGAUCACAGAAGAAGCACCAAAUGAAAAUCAGACUAAGGAGGUGCCAAUUCAUAAGAUUGCAGAUGCACUUAAUGAAAAUCAGAUUGCAGGUGCACCAACUGGAAAUGUGGGUGCAGAUACAGAUUUAUGUGAUCAACAUGGUUUUGCAACUGCUUCUGCUGAAGAGUGUAAUGAAUCAGAACAGAGUUUGGAUGAAGGAGCAUCAGAUCAUGUCACCAAGUUUCAUUUGCCUAGCCCCAAGAAAUGGAAAAUCUCUCCAUUGAGAAAAUAUGAACCACGAGACAUAAUAAUAAGGAGGAAAAAGAAAAGAUGGAGUGAGUUCGAAGAAAUAACACUGAGGGCUGCUGUGAAUCAGUAUGGUGAAGGAAACUGGAAGUUAAUCCUUAGUACUCAUAUGGAUGUAUUUGAAGAGAGAACUGAUGUUGAUUUGAAGGAUAAAUGGAGAAACCUCAAGCAUCAUCGAGCUAAUUAGGGAAGGCAAUUUGGUGCACUAAGAUAAAAGUAUUUUGAUAUGGAGCUGAAUAGGAUGCUAAAUUUACUGCUCUAGAUAAAAUUGUUUUGACGGAUCAAAAUAGGGAUGAUCUUUUUGCUGGUAUGAUGGAUAAAACUUUACAUGUCCUGUAGAUAAUGUGCUGUGUUAAACUUUUAGAAAGAAAGCUAUGUGCAUCAUUUUGGAGUUAACUUUAUAGUUCCUUUAUUGUCAUAGUAUCAAAUUAUUAGAAAAAUAUCACUUGACAUUGUUCCCUCCCUUAUUAGAGCUAUUGGUUUGAUGAGAUGAAAAGUUUAUGCCUUUAAUAGGAUGGACGGAAAAUUCUUCCUAAUUUAACAAUUUCUGAUCCUUGUAAUAGAAUGACACAAUGAAAUGAUUAGGUGGA